AGCGUGUCGACGUUCACAUGAAGGAGUGAUCGGCUGGAGGCCCGUAGGAGAAGCCCGGGAAAGCUCCGGCCGCUUCCUUGACGCUGCUGGUCACAGUCGGGGCGUCCGUGCACAGAGAGGAGGACACGGGCAGAGUCCGUGGGACGGGCCGCGGAGACGAGAGCCAGGGAGCAGGUGCAGGCCUGAAGUGGUGAUGACGAAUCGCUGCACAAGUCCAGAGGAACACGACCGGAACAUUUACAUAACUGCCUGAGGUGUGAACCAGGAGCGGACAUGACGACGUUACUUUCGAUUUGAGCAGCUGCCUUCUUCUGAGCACGAACCCUGGUGGUUAUCCACCUUCCAGGACUGAACUACACUAUGGAUUUCCCAGUGGAGGCAACAGUACUUUUGAAUAAGUUCCCUGAUGAGACACAGGUGCAAAAAAUCCUCAGGUCGCACGGCUUUGAGCUGAGAGAUCUGAGCAGACAUGAGGUGAGCGUCAAGGGGUCAUUUUUGAAACUCAAAGAUGUGAAGGCCUCUUUGGAGCUGCUUCUAAAAUCGCAAACAAAACUGGUCAUCCCUCCAUCUUCAUCCCCGCACGUCCUAAUGGCUUCCUCCGGAGCCAUUUCCAAAUACUACACUAGCAACAGCUCAGAUCAUAACAGAAGCCGACCAGGAUCCCGAAAACAAACCUCACCCACCACCGCACCCUCCUCCUCCUUCAACCAGCACCCAACUCCUGCAUAUUCUCCAAGACCAGACCAGCAGCGUGGCUCACUCAGGUCUGUAAAAGAGUCCAUUGUCAUUGAUGCAGAUGUGUUCGAGUAUGCAGAAAAGCUCAGGAGAAAGGACAUUGAGGACAUUCUGGACAGCCAUAAUGUUGGAAUAGAAGUGCGUCCAGUUGGCGAGAGCUGCAGCAUCACUUUACACGGGAAGAGUGCAAGAAUAGCCGCCUUUAAACUACAGAGUCUCCUGCUCGAUCUCAACAAAUCGCUCCGCACGCAGGAGGUUUCUCGGAGGGACAUGGAUCGAGAGGGCAAGGCCCUGUUAGCGACAAUUCAGAAUAACAGAAACGUUUGGAGAUCAGUGCUCGUGAGUCAGAAAGAUGACGGACUCCACCUCAUCGGACCGUCUGGUGAGAGCUACGACUUAAAGCAGAGGCUGCUGGGGAGGCCGAUCGACCACUCGGGACAGAGAGGACGGACGUCAGACAGGAGCUCCAGAGGGAGGAGCAGCUCUCUGCCACCGAUCAGUCGGAGGAACACAGAAAGGGAAAGUGUUGGCGUCGCUUAUCCUUCUCCUGCUGGAGCUGCAGGUUACACUCCUUCAAAGUACCAGGAUAUGAAACAGGAAGGUGCUGAAUCCAAGCGAGGACCUGCUGCUUCUAUUAAGAGAGUUUUUCGGAGAAGAAGCUCCUCUGAGUCCCGCCACAAAAACAGAGAGGAAAGAACUAAUGGCAACAUGCAAGAGAUGGAAAACAAGAGUCCUACUCAGAAAGCACCCAAGAUAGCCAUGAAACAGUUUCUUUUAGAACCUGAUAAUUUUAGGAAAGUGUUGAAAAGUAUAAGAAAAUGAGCUGUGAAUGAAAGUUGAAGACGAAGCUGAAACCUUUGACUACGUUAUGUCUCUAAAUAGCUGAUAUUUGUCUGAGCACAGCAGGUACAAAGAAACAUGUAACUUUUUGGCCUUAAAAUAACAGAUUCAAAAUCAUGAUGGUUGAUGGUUCAGUGUCUUGUAACAGGACGAAGUGGAGUCUCUUGUUUCUGCACCAUGUAACUUCAGUCAGAGUGCUGGAUCACAGAGUUUUGUGCGUAGUUAGCAUCUACAUUACAUCUGAUAAAGUGUUACACACCUGAGAUUUGUAUCUAUAGGAGUGGUGUUGCACUCAGAAACUGCAGAGGGCGCCAAAUCACACAAAAUGCAGACUCCUACAUAAUGCUACUUUAAAGCCACUGAUGGGAACUUUCAUUUUUGUUGAUUCUGGUCGCCCCUCUGGACAAAAGAUGAACGUAGUGAAACACACUGAAAUUUGUUUUAGUGUCCUACCUCCAUCUUUCAUCCGCAGCACUCCAACAUGAAACUGAUUUAAUUUUCUGACUUAUUCAACCUGAAUAACUAAAAGUCUGACCAGGCGAAAGCAAUAAGAAACACCACAAUAUGUUUUGCAAAUCCUCUCGCUGAUGGUCUUGUUUGCACAUGUAGACCACCUUAAAAUGAAACAGUACUGAAACUGGUUCAAAUCACUUCAACUCCAGACAUUAUUGUUAUUUUAAGUUAUCGACCAAUAAUGAAAUUGAAGAAAGACAAUAAGCAAAAGUACUUUCAUUGACUUAACAAGCUCGACACCUUUAAAGAUAGUUUGUGAUGAGUUAAUCAGAAGAAGACCAGAGUUUAUAGUUUCAGAGGAAUAAAGCACAAUUGCAAUUUACACAGAGGUGGAUCAUGUAUGUUUACAUAAAUUACAGCAUAGGAGCCUCUUUUUAAAUUGGACAUUUUUUAAAUUAUCGUUGAAACAAUCCGUAUCGUGCAUCCCUGUAUUUGACCAUCUGUACAAACAUUUUUUUGCUCUGUAUCAGCCGAUUUGUACAACAAUAUUGGUUGACAGUGUUAGUGGAAAUUAACAGAUAAUUUCAGCCCUGCAAGCAUCAGAUUUUCAGUGUUGACUGUCUUCAGUGAGCUCUUUUAAAGGUUUUUUUGUUGAAGUAAAAUGAGUUAAAUCGAUCCGUCAAAUAGGUGUUAUAUUAGCAAUAGCAAUUACAUUCUUCUGUCCUGUUAACGGUCAGUCAUUUACAGACCUGAGCUGACAUCUCUUGCACAAUCAUGUUUUGUUAUUGCUAGUUGAUUACACUGUAAAUGUUGAUGAUCCGUACAUGUUUCUACAUAUGUACAGUGGAUAAGAGCAUCAGUAAAAUAUGGUUUAUAUGAAUGGAAGCAAACUGACAGUAAAUAUGACAAUUAGAUUAACAAAUGGACAAUAAAAACAUAACGAUUAACGAUACAGUA